CCCCAGCAACCCUGGCCAUUGAGCGCGUAACACUCGAGAGGGAACGUGCGGGCUGGUGGGCCGUGAGGGGUGCAGUCAAGAUCUACAGUCCAGUCCGGACCGGAGCCAAAGGAACCGGAUGGACCCAAAAGGGCGAGAACUUGUCCCCCAUAGCGUGUGAGGGUCUGCAGAAGGAGCAGACGUAGGGUGCGCGCGCACACACACACACAUACACAUACACACGCGCGCGUCUGGAAGUGUGUUUCAGUGUUGGCGAGAAAGAUGAGGCGGCGGAACCGAGCUUUGAUGAUUCUCCUGAUCGGAACUUUGAGUGCAGGUUUGACGGCUGGCCACGCCCCCACUCGGGAAUGCCUGUACUACAAUGUCAACUAUGAGAUGGAGCAGACCAACCAGAGCGGCGUGGAGCGCUGCGAGGGCGACGCCGACAAGCGCUCGCACUGUUACGCCUCGUGGACCAACGAGUCGGGCGCCAUUGAGCUGGUGAAGAAAGGAUGCUGGCUCGACGACUUCAACUGCUAUGACCGUGAGGAGUGCGUGUCCACAGAGGAGAGUCCUCAGGUCUUCUUCUGCUGCUGUGAAGGAAACAUGUGUAACCACAAGUUCACGCAUCUGCCGGAUGCCGCUGCCCCACUCAUCCAGGCUCCGGCCCCCAGCAUCGGUGUGUUACAAGUCAUCUUUUACUGCCUGCUGCCCGUCACCGUGCUGUCAGUCAUUCUGCUCGCCACCGUUUGGAUGUACCACCAUCGUAAACCUCCUUACGGACACGUGGACGUCACUGAGGACGCCGUUCCUCCCCCUGCCUCGCCACUGCCAGGGCUCAAGCCCUUGCAGUUGCUUGAGGUGAAAGCCAGGGGGCGCUUUGGCUGUGUCUGGAAGGCCCAAAUAAUGAACGACUUUGUGGCUGUCAAGGUGUUCCCUGUCCAGAACAAAAGGUCGUGGCAGAAUGAGCGAGAGGUGUUCACCACACCAGGAAUGAAGCAUGAAAACAUUCUGAGGUUCAUUGGCGCCGAGCAACGAGGGCGCCAUCUGGAGGCGGAAUUGUGGCUCAUCACAGAGUUCCAUGAGCGGGGUUCGUUGUGUGACUUCCUGAAGGCCAACGUCAUCAGCUGGUUGGAGUUGUGUCACAUUGGGGGGUCCAUGGCGUGCGGUCUGGCGUACCUGCACGAAGAUGUACCUCGAAACAAAGGCGAGGGAGCCAAACCCGCCAUCGCUCACAGGGACUUCAAGAGCAAGAACAUCAUGUUGCGUUCAGACCUCACCGCCGUCAUCGGAGAUUUCGGUCUCGCAGUGCCCUUUGAGUCGGGAACGCCACCCGGAGAGACGCACGGACAGGUGGGGACAUGGCGCUACAUGGCUCCUGAGGUUCUAGAAGGUGCUAUCAACUUCCAGCGGGACGCCUUUCUCAGAAUCGACAUGUAUGCUUUGGGUCUAGUCCUGUGGGAGCUGCUGACACGCUGCAGAGCUGCUGAUGGUCCAGUAGGUGAGUACCUGCUGCCAUUUGAGGAGGAAGUGGGUCAGCAUCCGUCACUGGAGGACCUUCAGGAAGUUGUUGUUCACAAGAAGAUGAGGCCGGCCUUCAAAGACGUCUGGUUAAAACACAACGGUCUGUGCCAUGUGUGCGAGACGGUGUCGGAAUGUUGGGACCACGACGCUGAGGCCCGACUGUCGGCCGGCUGUGUCCACGAACGCAUGGGUCAAGUGCGUCGUCUCACUUGCACCGUAGCCCCGCCCACCUUCACCUCCUCCUCGUCAGUCCCUCCAGUUGCCAUGGUAACCAACGUGGACCUCCCGGCCAAAGAGUCCACCAUGUGACCAGCAACACUUGACACACACACACCUGUUCAGGUCCGACUCAGUGAAUGAUCUCCAGGUACCUCAGUGUUUUUUUUUCUGCCUCUGAAGUGGGUGUCUACACGCAGCCUCGUUGCCUAGCAACCAGCACCAGCAACACCUCAGAGUGACAGUUCUCACUCUUAAACAAGAAGUGAUGUCAGAGUGAUGCUGCACUUACCUUUCGCUAAGCCCCAGCCCCGCAGUUACUGUUGUAAGGCUCGCCAGAUGACACCAGGAAGUAAUGCACAAGCGAUAAAGAUGCCAAAACAAAUGUAACCACACAAAUGUGUCAGAGAACAAUGAUCAAGCUUGGUAAGUCUCCAUUCACUAUUAUAAAGCCAGAUAUAUUAUAUAUGAGACACGAAAUUCAGUACGCAUCAGCUAGCUAAUGUUAGCCAACUAGCUAACACAUAACUAUAUGUACUAGCUUGUCUCCAGUUAGCUCCAUGACUUUUCUCGUGUUUUCUGGAUAAUUAAUAUAUUUCUUACUUUGGAGUUAGUGUUGAUUUUGGGGGGGAGGGUUACUGACUGACUACUACUUUUUAACGAGCAAAAAUAACUUUAAAUAAAGCGCUCCAUUGAAUUCAACCAAGCUCCAUCAAAACAGCCUUUCUGGUGUUCUCUGGGAUUUGUCGGGGAAUGUGGCUGAGCGAAAGGUCCAAUUUGACUGGUUGUUAAAGUCUGAAGUGGGCGGGGUCAUGCUACAUAAGUUUGAUUGGCUGACAGCGACCAAACUUCUCAGGUAAACGGUGGUGUGGGGGCGGGGCUACCAGACUGUGAAAUAGGAGGGUGGGGCUUAUCUGAGGGUGCUUAAAGCCUAUUGGCUGUUUUUUCUAUAUACACACUGCCAUUGUGUUGUUCCUUCUUCUCAUCAGUCAGGGUGAAAGGUUAAAGGUCAUCAGUCACCUGACCACUUUAUGUCUACCUCUUUUUCUCAUCUUUAACACUAAAAGGGUCUGUUCUCACAGAAACAGGCCAGCGCUUUGAAGAUGCCGAGAUAAAUACUGGACUGUGUUCCUUUUAAUGUGCAUUUAUUAAAACACAACAACAAUGUGAACCUCAGUACAGCAGAAAUACCUCAGAUGAAUUUUGUACGUGUUAUUUAUUUUGUUUUAAUUGAAAAGUGAUCCACACUGUAAAACGUUAUAAUCCCCUUCUCAUCUCCUCUCCUGUUCCUUGCGUAUUGUCCUGAUCAAGACACCACAAAAUCUGCAAUAAUGUUUUUUUUUUAGUAAAAUGACACAUAAACAGGUUAUUUACCAGGUUGUGACCUCAUAAAAACUGCGUGGGCUGCUAAUGUUCGACGAAACGUUCCCCCACUGUCAUGUAGCAUGUAGCUUUGUGAGCAUUAGGCAGUGAGGGCAAAAACUAGACUGAUCUUGACGCAUACAAGUGCUCCUCAUCACAAAGGCUUCCUGCAGCGCUGAUGACUUUGGCAUGCUGCUGGCCGCCAUCUUGGCACUGAAAACUCCUGACUCCAAAACAAAAUAUAUUACUGUUAUAAUGGAACAUUUAAAGUCCAACAAUGUGCACUUCCUGUUGUAAAGUGGAUGUUUGUGAACUGAUGGACUGUGAUGUAGAUGAUUCAUGUGGAAAGUAGGAGUUAUUACAUAUUUUUAAACUUUUUAGAGAAAAAAAUACUAUGUAUUGUAUUAAAGUGUGAAUGUGUGUGUGCGUACAUUCAGAUUAUUCUUCUCUUCCUCUGCUCAGUGCCAACAUGAAUGUAGUUUUGUCACACACAGAAAUGAAACAAGGGAAAAUAAUUUAAAUUUUUGUAUGUGGAUAUAAGUGAAUAAUAAAUUGUUGUGAUAUUUAAUGGUUGUGUUGUUCGCAUUUGAGUUGCACUGUGGGUAACAAAGGCCGCCAGCAGCUUUUGAGAAGUGAAUGGUCGAUGUUUGUACGUUACCUCUAUUUAACUUCUUUGUGUACGACAACGAUAACACGUAGAAGAGAAUAAAAUCUAUUAUCAGGUGAAUAUGAAUAGAAACAUCAUCGUCAUUCAUCACUGACUUUC